AUGGCUGCCCGUGUCUGCUUUGCAUUCGCUGCAAUCGCAGCAGCAUCACCGUUAUCAUGGCACGUUCCCAGGGCAAUUGAGUAUGAUCUGACCACGCCAGUCAACGCCACUCUUCCCAAUAUCACAACUUUUGGUACUGGAGGCACCAUCGCCAGUCAGGGAACUACCAGCACGCAGACAGUUUGGUAUUCCGUCGGCUUGGGAAUCUUAGACCUCGUCAAUGCCCAAGUCUCCAACGUUGGAAGCGACAGCAUCAACCAGACCAUCCUGCUGGAACUAGCCUCCAAGACCAACGCCGAGCUCGCCAAGGACGACGUCUCAGGAGUGGUGGUCACACACGGAACAGAUACGUUGGAAGAGACAGCUUUCUUCCUCGAUUUAGUCGUCAACUCCUCGAAGCCCAUCGUCGUUGCCGGCGCCAUGCGACCAGCCACAGCCCUCAGCGCCGACGGUCCCCUCAACCUCUUCCAAGCCGUGGUCCUUGCUACGGCGUCGAAUGCGCAGGAUAGGGGUACCAUGAUUACCCUCAACGACCGCAUCGGUAGCGCCUUUUACACCACGAAGAACAACGCCAACUCUCUAGACACGUUUUCCAGCACAGAAGCCGGCCAGCUCGGCUUCUUCACCAAUCAAGUGCCGUACUUCUACUAUGCCCCUGCAAGACCAGUCGGAAAGCCAUAUUCCUCGCUCGGCAACGCUACAGGCCUGCCAAAAGUUGAUGUACUAUAUGCACAUGAAGAUAUGGACCCGGAACUCGCUACCAUAGCCGUCGCAGGGGGUGCGGAGGGGAUCGUCUUCGCUGGCGUAGGUGCUGGCGGCGUCUCUUCAGUGGCGCAGACCGCUGCAGAGAACUUGCUCAACGCUACUGGUGUGCCAAUCGUGGCGAGUCACAGGAGUGCCGAUGGCUUCGUGCCCAAUGAUGAUACGAGUUUCAUGGUCGGGAGUGGCUUUUAA